CCUCCAGCUGGACCACGGAGCUCGCCGGCCGCGCCGGGCCUGGCCCAGGUCUGCGGCGGGGAACCUGCCGGGCCACCUUGGCGGGGCCCGGGGCCCCACACCCUCGGUCAGCUCCGUGCCCUUCCCUGGAGCUGCCAGCCGCCUACAGAACCACCCUCUUCAUGGAAAGCCCUGUGCAGUGGCCCCCUGGUGAUGGCAUCCGACAGUGACGUGAAGAUGCUGCUGAACUUUGUGAACCUGGCGUCCAGCGACAUCAAGGCGGCCCUGGACAAGUCUGCACCCUGCCGCCGCUCAGUGGAUCACCGCAAGUACCUGCAGAAGCAGCUCAAACGCUUCUCCCAGAAGUAUUCCCGGAUCCCGCGGGGCCUCCCCGGCACAGGGGCCGAGCCUCCCCGGAAAAGGGGGCCCGAGGACCGUCCCGGGAGACCGCCUCUCCACUCUGGCCACCGUUCCAGCCCCAGCGGGGGUAGGGGCUGCGAGGAGAAGGCACUGGGGAACCCUUACAGGGAGGAAUGUCUCUCUAAGGAGCAGACCCUACACGGGCUGGAUCCAGAAGCUGCCAGGCCUGGCCAGGUGCCCAUGAGGAAAAGACAGCUGCCCGCUUCCUUCUGGGAAGAGCCACGGCCCACCCACAGCUACCCCGUGGGGCUGGAGGGGGGACUGGGCCCCAGGGAGGGGCCUCCCUAUGAGGGUAAGAAACACUGCAAGGGCUUGGAGCCCCUGGGGCCCGAGACAGACCCGGUGCCCGCAUCCCCAAGGGCGCCUGCUGAAAAGGAGCCACUCAAGAUGCCCGGGGUCUCCCUGGUGGGCCGUGUCAAUGCCUGGAGCUGCUGCCCCUUCCAGUACCACGGACAGCCCGUCUACCCGGGCCCUCCAGGGGCCUUGCCUCAGAGCCCGGUCCCCAGCCUGGGCCUCUGGCGGAAAAGCUCGGCUUCCCCCAGCGAGCUGGCCCAUUUCUGCAAGGAUGUGGAGGGCCCGGGGCAGAAAGUGUAUCGACCCGUGGUCCUAAAGCCUAUCCCCACCAAGCCGGCUGUGCCCCCACCCAUCUUCAACAUCUUUGGCUACCUCUAGCCGGGUUGGGAGGGCCUUGGCCCCCACCCCUGGCCUGCAGGGGUACUGGGGACCCCAGGCGCUCUCCUGGUGAGGAGUGGGCUGGGCAAUGGUGUGGCCUCUUGAGAACCUUCCCUUUGUGUGUGUGUGGGAGGGGGCGGGCAGGAUCGGGGCAGGGGCUUCUCAGGCAUGCGCCCAGCCAGGCCUUGCAGCCUUGGGAGCUGUGGGGCCGGACUCGGCCAGCCCCUCCCCAACCAGGCCAGAGCCCGACAGAGUACCCGCGUGCCCUUGCAGACCUCAGGCGGCGGGGCAUUGCUCUGGCCAGCCAGCCAGCCAUUCCAGAAGCCAGAGUUACACACCUGUUCAUUUGCCACCCACUGUGUAAGCCAAUCUCAGUUCUGUCCUUCUUGUUCUUUGUAAAUAUUAAGAAGGUUAAAAGAAUAAAGACAUUUCUUUCGCGGUUU